AUGGUGUUAUCGGCUUCGCCAUGUUCCUUGGCGAGAAGCUCGCUGGAGGAGAUGCUGGAUUCGCUUCGGCGGAGGGACGAGGAGGAGGAGAAGAAGAAGGAUUUGCCACCUGCCUUGCCUGCGAGGCCGACCUCGCGUGCAAGGCUUCCUCCGGCACGGCGAUCACUGCCGAACAAUUUUAAGGUUGGCGGCAACGAGCGCCUAGUCGUGCCGGAAAACGGACUUGUUACUAGUGAGGAGAGUGUGGUGAAGGAGAGAGAUUUGGGGCAGAAGAGGAGAAGGUGUGGUUUUGGGAGCAAGAGGGUGAAGAAGGAUGUGGAGUCUCCUUAUGUGGCACUUUCUUCCAGCGAUUCAUCAGGGAAUGUUUGGGAAUUGGAGAGUGAUGAUUGUAUAUCUUAUUUCAUCAAAAAGAAGCUUCGUGUUUGGUGUAGGCAACCAAGAGGGCAGUGGGAACUAGGAGUGAUACAGUCAGCUUCAGGAGAGGAAGCAUCCGUGUCACUCACAAAUGGAAAUGUAAUGACCGUAGACAGAUCAGAGAUUCUACCAGCAAAUCCUGAUGUGUUGGAGGGUGUGGAUGAUCUAGUUAAACUUGGUUAUCUGAACGAGCCAUCAGUUCUUCACAAUCUUAAGUUAAGAUAUUCUCAAGGGAUGAUUUAUAGUAAAGCAGGGCCAAUUUUAAUUGCACUCAAUCCUUUCAAAGAUCUUCAGAUGUAUGGAAAUGAUUAUGUCUCAGCUUGUAGGCAGAGAAGUGUGGAUAGUCCUCAUGUUUGUGCUGUGGCAGAUGCUGCUUAUAACAAGAUGAUGAGAGAUGAAGUAAAUCAGUCCAUUAUCAUAAGUGGUGAGAGUGGAUCUGGGAAGACAGAAACAGCUAAAAUUGCAUUGCAAUACUUAGCUGCACUUGGUGGUGGUGGCAAUUGUGCGAUAGAAAAUGAAUUUCUUCAGAUAAAUCGUAUACUAGAGGCUUUUGGGAAUGCAAAAACAUCUAGGAAUAACAACUCUAGCAGAUUUGGAAAGUUGAUUGAAAUUCAUUUCGGGUGCAUGGGUAAAAUAUGUGGGGCGAAAAUUCAAACCUUAUUGUUGGAAAAGUCCAGAGUUGUUCAAGUGGCCAGUGAGAAACUGAAUCUUAGAGCUGUCAAUGAAUAUAAAUAUUUAGUUCAGAGUGACUGUAUGUCAAUUGAUGGUGUUGACGAUUCCAAAAACUUUCAUCAGCUGAUGGAAGCACUGGAUGCAGUUCGAAUUUGUAAAGAGGAACGGGAGCUGAUCUUUAAGUUGCUUGCUGCAAUACUAUGGUUGGGAAAUAUAUCAUUCCAAGUAGGCAGAGGAGAUCACAUUGAGGUUGUUGAUGAUGAAGCUGUAACCAGUGCUGCCCAGCUGAUGGGUUGUAGUACCCAGGAAUUAGUGACAGCAUUAUGUAGCAAUAAAAUCCAAGCUGAUGAGGAUACUAUUACCAAAAAUUUGACCUUGAGGCAGGCAAUUGAAAGAAGAGAUGCAAUUGCAACAUUUGUCUAUGCAAACUUGUUUGACUGGCUCUUAGACCAAGUUAACAACUCACUUGAAAUGGGUAAAAAAUGUACUGGGAAAUCCAUAAGUAUCCUCGAUCUUUAUGGAUUUCAGACUUUUCAGAAGAAUGGCUUUGAGCAGUUUUAUAUAAAUUAUGCCAACGAAAGGAUACAACAACAUUUUAAUCGCCAUCUAUUUAAACUUGAGCAGGAGGACUAUGAAUUGGAUGGCGUUGAUUGGACUAAAGUAGAUUUUGAGGACAAUCAAGGGUGCUUGGAUCUAUUUGAGAAGAAACCUGUUGGUCUACUCUCUUUGUUAGAUGAGGAGUCAAAUUUACCCAAGGCUUCUGAUUUAACAUUCGCCACCAAACUUAAACAUCACCUGGACCCUAAUCCUUGCUUCAGAGGGGAAAGAGGCAGAGCUUUCCGUGUUUGUCACUAUGCUGGAGAGGUUCUGUAUGAUACAAAUGACUUUCUAGAAAAGAACAGAGACACGAUGUCUUCUGAUUCCAUUCAAUUCCUGUCUUCAUGUAAUUGUGAACUGCUGCAGUUGUUCUCCAAAAUGUUUAACCAGUCUCAACAGCAGAGUGUUGCAACAAAGUUCAAGGUUCAAUUGUUCAAGUUGAUACAUCAGUUGGAGGGCACCACGCCUCACUUCAUUCGCUGCAUAAUGCCAAAUACUAAGCACCUUCCUGGCAUUUAUGAUGAAGGCCUUGUCCUACAACAGCUCAGGUGUUGUGGAGUUCUAGAAGUUGUUAGACUUUCAAGGGCUGGAUAUCCUACUCGAAUGACCCAUCAAGAGUUUUCAAGAAGGUAUGGGUUUAUGCUUUCUGAGGCCAACGAAUUGCAUGAUCCAUUGAGCAUUUCAGUUGCUGUUUUACAAAAAUUUAAUAUCCCUUCUGAAAUGUACCAUCUCGGUAUCACCAAAUUGUAUCUUCGAGCAGGGCAGAUUGAGGCACUGGAGAAUAAGAGAAAACAAAUUUUGCAGGGAAUACUUUGGAUUCAAAAAUGUUUUCGUGGAUAUCAAGCUCUUAUUCGUGGAGAAAAUACAAGAAGGAAAUAUGGUGUUAUGGUGAAGUCUUCAAUAACAAUUUAUUCUAGAAAACUGGAGGAGAUCCAUGCAAUCAUACUAUUACAAUCUGUAAUUCGUGGUUGGCUGGUUAGAAGGGAUGCUAGUCUUGUAAAUAGGUCAAAGAAAUAUCCUGAAACUGCUAAACCUCGGCGGAAGUCGUUUAUGAAGAUAAUACCAGAAGUACAGAUUGAGGGAAUAAAAGAGAUCAAGAUGUGGCUGGAAAGGUGGAUGCAAAAGCAAGACAUCAUGUUGGAGGAUAGGAUCACAAAUAAGGAAAGCAUUCAAGGGGAUAUCGAUCCCCGUUCAACCAAGCAUCAGGAUUUGUCCAAAGAGCCACUUCAGAAUCUGCUUUCAGCUUUAGCCGAACUCCAAAGGCAGGUUGACAAGGCUGAUGCUAUUGUAGAGCAAAAGGAAGAGGAAUAUACUGAAUUAAGGGAACAGCUAAAACAAUCUGAGAGAAAGAGGAUUGAGUAUGAGAAAAAAAUGAAAACAAUGGAGGAGGCUUGGCAAAAACAGAUGGCAUCUUUGCAAACGAGUCUUGUUGCUGCUAGAAAAAGCCUUGCUCCUGAGAAUGCUACUGUUCAACCUGUCAGACAUGAUUUUGUGUUGCCUCAUGGUUAUGAUUCUGAAGAUGCUACGUCCAUGGGAUCUCGAACUCCUGGUGGAAGCACACCAAUGCUCUCUGGUAGUCUCUGUGAUGCAGGGAGACAGGCCAAUGGCACUUUGACUACAGUGAGCAAUCUGAUGAAGGAAUUCGAGCAGCGAACACAGAACUUUGAUGAGGAAGUAAAAUCUUUGUACGGUGUUAAACCGGUGCAGUCUGCGAACAGAAGUUCUGUAGAAGAACUUAGGAAACUUAAACAGAGAUUUGAGGGAUGGAAGAAACAAUACAAGGUUAGGUUACGUGAGGCUAAGGCAAGGAUUUAUAAGGCAGAAUCAGAGAACGGUAGGCGAACAUGGUGGGGGAAGUUAAGCUUGAGAGCAUAA